AUGGACGGAGAGGAGAAAACCUGCGGUGGCUAUGAAGGUCCUGAUGUGAAAUUAAUAUCUUCUGAUGGUCAUGAAUUUAUUGUAAAAAGAGAACAUGCAUUAACAUCAGGAACAAUAAAGGCCAUGUUGAGUGGUCCAGGCCAGUUUGCCGAGAAUGAAACCAAUGAGGUCAAUUUUAGAGAGAUCCCUUUACAUGUGCUAUCAAAAGUGUGCAUGUAUUUCACCUACAAGGUCCGCUAUACUAACAGCUCCACUGAAAUUCCUGAAUCCCAGUUGCACUGGAACUGCUGA